AUGUGUGCGUUCAGCUUGGGGACUGAAACGGAUGGAAGCGUUGUGUUUCCGGCCGAUCGCAACGGGGUAGUCGGGAUCAAACCCACCGUUGGCUUAGUUUCGUGUCAGGGCGUUAUUCCAGAAUGCAGCAGCCUCGAUACUGUUGGGACAUUGGCGAGGACCGUUAAAGAUGCAGCUAUCGUGCUGGAUUGUAUUACCAAGUCCUUUGUUUCAGAACAACAGUACACCUCCUAUAUCUCUGGACAGGAGGCUCUGGAAGGUGCUAGGUUUGGACUACCGUGGAAAGGGGUGUGGGAGAUGGCGAGCAAAAAUAAAUCUCUAAAGGCUCAAUACUCAAGACUAGGGGAGGUGAUCCAACGUAUCAAGGAUGCUGGUGCCGAAGUUAUCGAAAACACUGAUUUUCCCAGUGCAGAGGAGAUCAUAUCCCCCAAAGGCUGGGACUGGGAAUUUCCCGAAGACCGCCCUCAUCAAUCCGAGUUCACAGUAGUCAAAACAGAAUUCUACAAUCACCUCAAGACUUAUCUAGCCGGCUUAACCAGCAACCCUAACAAUAUUCACUCACUGGAAGAUGUCAUCGCUUAUAAUAUGAAGUAUACAGAGAAAGAAGGCGGCCGCCCGGGGACGCAUCCUGCCUGGCCCAAAGGCCAGGCUAACUUCGAGAAGAGCCUGGAGUCUAAGGGUGUCAUGGAUGACACAUACUACAAGGCUUUGGCGUACAUCCGGCGAAAGUCACGAGAGGAAGGCAUCGAUGCGGCGUUAUCCUGUGGAGGUUUGCAGCUCGAUGGGUUGCUAGUGCCUGUUCAAGCAGAGACCGGCGUUGCGUGCCAGGUGGCGGCUAAAGCUGGGUAUCCAAUGAUCACGGUUCCUGUUGGCGUUGACGACCAGGGCAUCGCAUUCGGUAUCGGGAUUAUCCAAACUUCACGCAGAGAAGACAUGCUCAUAAAAUACGGUUCUGCCAUUGAGAGUCUCAUCCAGGGAAGGACUAGGCCACAGUUUCUCAACAUUCAUGCCGACAAUUACAUGUAUGUUGGCGAUGGGCCGAAGUAG